AUGGCAGCAGUUGAAGCAGUGUGCUCCCGAUGCCAGGGUAAGGGACAUCGUGCUGCUGAUUGUCACCUACCCUUCUUCCGCAGCUGUGAGUACUGCAAGACUGCGGGUCACACUGCCAAGGAGUGUCCGCUCUUGCGACAUUGUACUUACUGCAAAUGCGAGGGUCAUACCAAUCGCAACUGUGCCAAGCUACUGGCGAAAAGAGCCAAGGCACGAGCGUCAGAUGAUUCAAAGAGUGAGACGUCUGAGGCCAGCAAUGGUCAGUCUGGUGUGAGCACAGCUUCAACAUGGGCAUCAUCACCUCCCAAGAAACAGCAGUGGAAGCGCUGGACUGAACCACAGAAGCCUCGGAUGCAAGCCUUGACUGAAGAUGAAGAAAAACAGGCACGCAAGGUCGAGAAGAAGCUGCGCGAGAUUGCAGCUUUGGAAGCUCGGCUUGCUGAAGGGGAAACUUUGGAGGACUUGCAGCAGAAGAAGGUUGACAAGAAGUCAGAGUUUGAGGACUGUGAGGUCAUGCGCAAGUUGCGCUCUGGCUAUAGACGAUGUGAGCUACCAGCCAAAAGCCUGAUUGAGGCAAAGAUCCCAAGGGAGAUUAACCACCAGCCAGACACGUACGUUCCAGGGGCUCAAGUCUACGACCAGUGGGGACACCUCAGCCCAGAAUGCCACAUUGGGGGGAACCCCAAGUCAUCUGCUGCAGCUGCCAGUUGCAGCUGCAGUGAGGACAAGCAGUGGCGCACCUUGGCAUAUGUUGCCCUCCUGUCAAGGUGGCAACUCUCCGGGCCCUAUGCCCUGCCGCCACUUCUCUGGGCACAUUUUAACUCCGCGGGACUCAGGCAGAAUCCCUGUGGCAGUGGGCAGGAAGCACAACGUUUGCCGCUUGGCCUGGCAGUGGACGGCUGCCACAAGAACAGGUCGCCCAGGGCGGUGCUUUCUCCUCGUGCAGUUGCAUCACCCCGGGUAGCACCCAUUCCCUUCGGGGCAGGUGGACCUGUUGCCCGGCCCUCCAUGGUGCAAGCGGCUCCGCAGAGGCCUGGGAGCAGAUCAAACUUGGACCCCUGGGGCCCUGGAUAUGAAGAUUGA